UUACGUCAUGCAGAGUUACCUGUUGGUUGUACCUUGCAGCUGCGGGGAAUAGCAGAGGCCAUUUUAAUAUUGUAGAAGGUUGUAAUGCUUUUCAUGUUGUUACACUGCACGUACCAAGCACCUCUGCACCUAAAGCACUAGCUUUGUCACUGAGCCGAGUGAGCUAUCCGCACAGCACAAUUGAGGUGCAACUAGAUUCAUGGACACCAAAUCGACUUCAGAUGACGAGGUUCGGACCUUGUUAGUGAGCGGCUUGCCAAUCGAUGUAAAACCUCGUGAAAUAUACCUCCUUUUCCGAGGCUUCAAGGGUUAUGAAGGAUCACUACUUAAACUUACAGACAAACAGGGAAAACCUUCGCCUGUGGCAUUUGUCACCUUUGAAAGCAGAGAGGAGGCAGAAGAGGCUAAAACUUCGUUGCAAGGUGUGCGAUUCGAUCCAGAUGUCUCGCAAACGCUUCGUUUGGAGUUUGCUCGGUCCAAUACCAAGGUAUCCAAGCCGGUAAAUAGACAGGCCGUGUUAACUUCUGUUCCGCCCUUUUUCCCUCGAGAGCCCCCGCUCAUGCAUACUGAGCUUGCUGCAGCAGGAUUUCUGCCGGGACCAGAACCAAGCAUAGCAUACCCCGCACCAAUAUUUAGUGACAUCAUGGCAGCUACAGCUCAACACACUUUUAAUCAUCAUCCGUCCAGUAUACUGCAGCUUCAAGCGUUCCCGCAGCACCAUCCCAUCAUUCCAGCACUAGCGUCACCUACAUCUCUACAUCAUAUGGCCAGCCUGGGAAAUCCUCCAUGCUCAACGCUCUUUGUAGCCAACCUUGGGAAGGGGAGCUCCGAACAAGAGCUAAGAGAACUUUUUGCUGACUUGCCGGGCUUUCGACGCUUAAAAAUGCACAGUAAAGGGAGCAGCCCUGUCUGUUUCGUGGAAUAUCUGGAUAUAUUCACGGCGACUCAUGCUAUGAAUUCUCUUCGAGGUCAUAUCAUGCAGUCUUCCUCAGAAAAAGGAGGCAUUAGGAUAGAGUACGCAAAAACCAAAAUGGGCGAGGUACAUGAAUAACUCUUUGUGUCACGCCCUCGUGUGUAGGUUAGGAUUGAUGGUAUGGUCGCAAUACCGAUGCAAUAUUGACACAGUAUCGAAAAAUGAAUUUUCCACUCCAAAAGCUGCUUCGGCGAGAAAUAGGAGAAAAAUUCCAAGAAAUAAUCUAAGACGAUAGUGAUGUUUUAGAAGAUAUUUGUUAAGAGUACCAAAACUUAUCUCUCCUUGAAACAGAUCGAGCUAAUUUAUAGUAGUGUUUACUUGUAAAAAGGAACUGAAAAUCAGAUAACUAAGUAUUUAUGAAGGAAUAGGGCUUUUUGCCGACACUAAAGGGUCUACGGAUUUUUUUUUAGAAAUAACUAAUAUUUAUGACCCUGUUGCGCCGGCGAGAAAAACCGUUUUCUUCUCAUAAUCAUAAAAAAGUAAUUUUCGCGUUUAGCAGAAAGGCUUAAGUUGGAAUGUAACAUAGGUUAAAAAAAAAAGUGAGAAUCUUUUUUCUGAAAAUAUUAUAUUUCCUUCUUAUUUUUAGUUUUAUUUUUCACAAGUGCCUAUUUUUCUUAACUAGAUGGGAACAAAAAUUUUCCCAAUUCCGACAAACGAAGGAACAAUUUUUUAACUUAUUUGAAAAGAGGUGUGAUUUGUUUUCAUCUGUUUCCAGGUUUCACUCCAGAUUGUAAAUUAUUAUUAAUAUUUUACAUUAAAGUAUUGAAUGAAACCAA